CACACACACACACACUCUUUUUUCACCUUCCUUGCUUCUCCACAUCCAGCUUACUUCAUCUAACAUAUGGAAGGCGAAGACGGGGCGUCCGCGCCUUCCACUCCCGUGACGCCUGGCACGCCAGGCGCCCCUCUCUUCGGCGGCUUCAGGAAUGGGAAUAGGAGACAACCUUCCCUCCUUAGGAGUAGUUGCAAAUGCUUCAAUGUUGAAUCAUGGUCAUUGGAAGAUGGGCCCUUGCCCUCUCUCUCAUGCUCAUUCCCUUCCCCUCCCAUCUCCCUUGCAAGAAAGGUGGGAGCAGAGUUUAUAGGCACACUAAUCCUAAUAUUUGCCGGGGCCGCGACGCCGAUAGUCAACCAGAGGACCGGAGGGGCAGAGACGCUCCUCGGGCUGGCUGCGUCGUCAGGGCUGGCAGUCAUGAUAGUCAUACUCUCCACGGGACACAUCUCCGGGGCCCAUCUCAAUCCGUCAGUCACAUUCGCCUUCGCGGCUCUCCGCCAUUUCCCAUGGAAACACGUGCCGGUGUACAUAGGUGCACAAAUUAGUGCAUCACUAUGUGCUUCAUUUAUGCUAAAGGCUAUUUAUGAGCCAAUGAUGGGAGGAGGGGUGACUGUGCCUGGUCCCACAGUGGGAUAUGCUCAAGCAUUUGCAUUGGAGUUCAUCAUCACCUUCAAUCUUAUGUUUGUUGUCACUGCAGUUGCUACUGAUACAAGAGCUGUGGGAGAGCUUGCGGGGAUUGCGGUUGGAGCUACUGUCAUGCUCAAUAUACUCAUAGCCGGGGAAAGUACGGGAGCAUCGAUGAAUCCGGUUAGAACUCUAGGGCCGGCGAUUGCUGCAAACAACUACAGAGCCAUUUGGGUGUACCUAACUGCACCAAUCUUGGGAGCUCUGGCUGGGGCCGGUGUUUAUACGGCUGUGAAGCUGCCUGAUGAAGGAGGCGACAAGCCGUUGGGAGAACAUAGUUUCAGGAGAUGAAUUAAGACUACACACAUAUGUAUGAGUUUACAUGUAACAAGAUGCUCAAUGUGGCCUCUCUCUACUUACUCACCAAUGUACAUAUGGAUCAAAUAAGAUUUAAAUUUACAUCCAAACACCAAACAUCAACAAACAAAUCAAUAAUAUUCAACUCUAUUUUUAAUACU